AUGGAAAAUGGAGCAGAAAAUGAUGUUCGUCUCACGUUACGUAUUUACGUGGAACCGAUAAAGAUUGAACUGGACCAGGAAGGUGCCAUUUUAAUUACAACUCUUCAGUCCGCUCUCCCUGGCGCAUUUGGUCUCUACUUUUAUGAUGGCGAUUGCAGAUCAUCGUUAAGAUUCGACGGUAAAAAAUUUUUACCACCGGGUGAUGGUUGGAAAGAUCAGAAAUAUUAUGCUUUACUUGGAUGCCGACCGUUCGACUACCCAUUUGGGAGUUAUGCAAAUGCGGCGAAGCAGUUUGAACGUUCAGUAAAUACCGUCCAACGUCUACUAGCCAAUCGUAAAUUAUUUGAUAAUGGUUUCGUAGAAAGAGAUAUUGUAAGUAUUGGAAAAACAACUGAUCAACGAAGAGCCACUGUCAGUCAUGAUAAAAUUGAAAAUAUGCAAAGGCUAUUGACUGCCACUACGAAACAUACUACUUUGGGAAGAGAUGGAAUAACGGGUGAUGAACAGACACCAUUGGAACAGCAGUUCGUUGAAUUGGCGAGAAUUUCAACAGCUAAAGAUUCAAUCAUUGCACAGCAACGCGCUGAUAUUAAAGUCGUUAACGAUAAGUUGGAACAAAAGGAAAGAUCAGUGAAACGUUUGCAAGAUGAUUUGUCGAAACUAAUGGAAAGCUGUCGCGCAAAGGAUAAAGAAUUGGCUUUUUUACGUGGUUUAAAUCAAGAUCAGAAAUUCAUGUGCGAAAAGGUUAAUGAACUUAAAAGCAGACUGAUGGAUCGCGAAAAUAUUAUUACUGCUCAAAAGAAGGAAAUCGAGUUUCUUGUUAGAAAGAUGGCCACAUUAAAUAUCGAACAGCUUCCAUCGAAAGAGACGUCUAAUCUGGGUACGGCUUCGGAACCGGUUAACGGAAUGGCUAUUGGAGCACAUGAAUCAUCAGUUGGAGGUGACAUAGAUCAAAAUGAUGAGGAAACAAAGCACUUGACCAAUAAUGAAUUGGCGAAUGCGUUGGCUCAUACAAAGGCUCGAAAUGAACAAUUGGAGAAUCAAGUGAAUGUUGCAGACGAAAAAUAUCAACAAUUGAAUGAAGUUUACAUUGCUGUAGUGGCCGAAAAUACAAAAUUGAUGACUGAAUUAGCACAGUUAGAGCGCGAAACAUCGACAAAUAUUAAUAUUAAGAAUGAAUCACUUAGCACUACAGAUGUUGCAAACGAUGAAAGCAAGUGGAACUCUGAGCAUUUGUUCGCAUUAAAGCAAGAUUUGGCUGUAAGCGAAAAACGUGUUGCGAAAUUGACACGUAUGAUACACGCAUUGACGGAAUCAAGCAGUAAUGAGCUCAGGUCAAUAACGCAAGAUGAUUUGUUUAAUCCUCUUUAA